AUGACUCGGUGGUCUGCUCGUCACGACGCCUGCCGAGCUGUUAAUGAAAGCAAAGAGGUAAUUUUUAAAAGUUUAGAUAAAAUUGCUAGUGACUGUGACGAGAGGCAUUCCACAAGAAAUGAAGCCAGAACUAUAAGUGAAAAGCUAAGUUCCCUAGAGACAACCAUUAUGGCAGCACUAUGGGGCUCAAUUCUGGAAAGGUUUAAUAAAGUAAAUGUAAAGCUGCAGUACGAAAUCACAGAGCUAGGAAAAAUAGUUGCCUAUUACGACUCUUUGUGUGGUUUUCUUCAAAAAGUAAGAAACAACUUUGAUGACCUGGAACGAUCAGCGAAUGAGAAGUGUAGGAAAGAAUAUAUGGCUAAUAUUCGGCGCAAAAGAAAGGUACCUACUAAGUUUGGUGAAUAUGGUGGUCCUAGCAGUGAUGAUCAAUUUACAGGGUCGGAAAACUUCCGUGUUAAUACUUUUAAUGCAUAUUGGACUCCCUAUACUCUGAAAAUAAGAAACGCGAGUGUAAAUAUUCUGAUCUUCACAAUAGGUUUGAUUCUCUUGAAACUAUCAAAAGUCUUGAGACAUCUGAUAUCACCAAAUGUGCAAGAAAACUAUCGAGUGCAUAUCAUGAAGAUCUUGAGCCUGUUGUUGUGGACUAGUGUUUACAUGUAAAAGCAUUUUUGUUGAAAAACUGAAAACGAAAAUACCAGAACGAGUAUGACUGAAAUUAGCAAGGUUUUGUAUAAUUUUGACAUGGUUGAUGUCUACCCUAACAUUGCUAUUGCGUUAAGAAUGGUUCUUAGUGCUCCAGCCACUAACUGUUCAGCAGAAAGAUCCUUUUUCACCCUUCGUCGUGUGAAGAACUACCUGAGAUUCACAACUAGCCACGACAGUUUGACAUCGCUAGCCCUG